AUGCCGACUCAGACCUUCUGGCAGAGAACAAAGGUCGGCAGCAAAGUAGGCUUCGACAAGGUCUACACAUGGGUCGACAAGCUCGGUGCGCCAGUCAACAGGCUUUCUAAUAAGCUGGGAUCUGAGGCUUUCUGGCCCACUACCCUAGAUAAAGAGAGCGACAAGGCUGCGCGCAUUCUGAGGAGCUUCUGCAAGGAUGGCUUCUAUCAGGAGGAGGAGAUACAGCCCACGGACGGCCCCAAGCAGAAACAGAAGGUCUUGAAGAGGAUACCACCAGAGGUUAUCAAGAAUGCGAAAGGGCUCGCGAUAUUUACCACAAUGCGCACUGGUCUCUGGGUCUCGGGUGCUGGCGGCAGUGGCAUCGUUGUUGCACGACAAGAGGAUGGAUCAUGGUCACCACCAUCUGGAAUCAUGCUGCACACGGCUGGACUAGGCUUCCUCGUCGGAGUGGAUAUAUAUGACUGCGUCGUGGUGAUAAAUACACAAAAAGCAUUGGACGCUUUUAGCAAGAUCCGCUGCACACUUGGCGGGGAGGUCAGUGCUGUUGCAGGUCCUCUUGGUGUUGGCGGAGUACUUGAAACGGAACUUCACAAGAGACAGGCGCCCAUAUUCACAUACCUAAAGUCUCGGGGAUUUUAUGCUGGUGUACAAGUUGAUGGGACGGUAGUCAUCGAACGGACGGACGAGAAUGAACGCUUCUACAAUGAGCGCAUUUCUGUUGGCGAUAUACUGGCUGGUAAGGUGCGGCACCCACCGUUUGAGACCAGAAGACUGCUCGAAACUAUUCGUGCAUCUCAAGGAGACACUAAUGUAGACUCAUCACUGCUACCGUCUGAGCCUGCGCCUGGCGAUUAUGAGAUCGAAGCUGACGGCCAUGUAUUUGGAGUCCCGGACAAGGAAGAUCCCGAUCCAUUCGGUGUCCGAGCACUGGAGCAGGCUGGACUGGAAAUCCGCGAAGCUGGGACACGGAAUAGAGUUUCGAGCCAGAAUUUCAGUUUCGCCCCGAGUCCCAAGAGUCCCAUAUUUGGUACCUUCAACCGACAGAGUGUGGAUACACUGAGCCAAUGGAGCCACAGCAGACGUGCAAGUCAAGUCAGCAACUACGAUCGCGUGGUGUCCAUGAGCGACAUGUCCACACAAACGGAUAUGGACGGACCUCUUUUCACGCGUCCGGGCUCAGGAGACCUCUCGAAUGGGAUCCGCGACAGUAUCCAGUCGCGGAUCACAGAAUCCCCCGAACCCAAUGAUGACGAGCCACAGCAGAUCUCGCAAGGUUCUGUCUCGCCUGUUAACGGGCAUGCAAGGUCAAAUGAUGAUGGUAAUGAUUCCAUUACCAACAAUGACGAGAAAGAAGUGAGAGCCGAGGAGAGUCUGGAUUCAGACUCGAAGCACAUUCGGCCGCAGCCUGAGGUCCGUGGAUCUCAGCAACACGAACGAGAAGUUCAGACGGACUCGUCGGACCACGAACAAGUACAAGUCGAUCAUCAGACGGUAUUGCAGCCCACUCGUCCUGAAUCUAGGAAUCUUGAAACGCCAUAUUCAGGCGAGGAAAAAGGACACGAUGUAGAACCCAAUCAUCGAAACGAACCCUUGACGAACGGCCACCGCCAUUCCGUCGCUAUAUCUGACAGCGAGGGAAAAGAUUCUGAGGAUGAAGAUCUUAGCGACGAUCUCGACGAUGACUACGAUGAGGCCGAUGUCGAGAUAUUCGAGAAUCCUGUUGUAUAUCAGCAGGUCCAGACACCUCCCAUGGCUCAGGCUGUUUUCCGCCCUACCAUUGUCACCGUCAACAAAGCUGCGCCGCCGAAGCUACCUCCACGGAACCCAAUCCGGGUGAGGAAAUCUCAGGCCUUGGGUAACGAAGGCGUCAUAUCCGACACGGUGAUUGACACUCCAAUUUCGAACGAUGCAUCGCCGCCCGAAGAACGAAACGAGGAGCCGUCGUAUCCAAAAGAUACAGAAGAGGCGAGACAGUCUGUCUUAUCGGCCGGCAGCAUCACCAACAGCAUUGCUCAAUUGCGAGCCUUCGAUGACGAUGAAGACACUAUUGCUGACGAUGAAGAAGAUGAGUUCCACUCGACGGCAAACUCACGAAAAAGUUCACCGGCAAGAGAGAAAGCUGAACAUCUGUGA